AUCUGUGACACACCCAUCCACCUACAUACACUUCACCAUAAAGUUUAACAUCUCAGAUCAGCUGUGUGGUCGCUGGAGCACAGAGCCAUGAUGGAACAGCAGUGAGGAAAACCAACGAGAGAGAGAGGAUCCGUGUCAUGAUGGUGCUCGUCCUGAUUGUCGCAGGUCUUGUGGUUGUCGCGCUGCUCAUGGUUUUAUUCGCACCCUACAUUAGGAAAUACUCUGCAGGUGGAACAUGUAUGUCUAUGGCCCGGUUGGACGGGAAGACGGUCCUGAUUACUGGAGCCAACACUGGUAUUGGGAAGGAGACUGCCCUGGACCUGGCUAUCAGAGGUGCGAGGGUGAUCAUGGCGUGCAGGGAUGUGGAGAAGGGUGAGGAGGCUGCAGCAUCGAUACGACGCGUCUACUCUAAGGCAAACGUAGAGGUCCGAGAGCUAGACCUGGCUGAUACCAGCUCCAUACGGGCCUUCGCUCAACGCUUACUCAGAGAGGUCGACCACCUCCACAUCCUGAUCAACAAUGCUGGGGUCAUGAUGUGUCCUUACGUGAAGACCAACGACGGCUUCGAGAUGCAGCUGGGGGUCAACCAUCUGGGUCACUUCCUGUUGACGUACCUCCUGAUUGGUCUGCUGAAGCGUAGUGCUCCGGCCCGUAUCGUCGUGGUUUCCUCUCUGGCUCAUAACGUUGGCUGGAUCCGCUUCCAUGACCUGCUCAGCCAGGGCAGCUACAACAGCGGCCUCGCAUACUGCCAGAGCAAGUUGGCCAACCUUCUGUUCGCUAGGGAGCUGGCCCGCAGACUCAAAGGUUCCAGUGUGACUGUGAACUCUGUCCACCCUGGGUUGGUGCGCUCGGAGCUGGUACGCCACUCCACCAUCCUGUCUCUGCUGUUCUCUCUGUUCUCCUUGUUCCUGAAGAGCCCUCGGGACGGGGCCCAGACAUCCAUCUACUGCGCUGUGGCAGAGGAGCUGCACUCUCUCACCGGGAAACACUUCAGACAACUGUUGUGUUGUGCACUGAAGUCCACAAGCAAAGGGGAAAACGUGAGAGGAGGACUUUACACGCACACACAUCCAAUCGUCAUUUACGCUGCUGCUACUCUGUUUAUCAUAUAUCUUGACUCCUAGGUACCGUAUCUUUAUAAAUACAUAUCUACCUCCAUCACACCAGUAUCCCUGCACAUUGUAAAUAUGGUCUUGGAACUGACCCUCUUACUUUCUCGUGUGUUUUUGUUCUAUCUCAUGUUUAUUUUAGUACUAUAUUGAUUACUGUUGGGUUUAGAGCUAAGCAAGAAAGGCAUUUCACUGUACUUGUGCACGUGACACAUUGUAAUCUAAUGUGAAUCUCAGUUAAUUAUCUGGGAAUCUACCCGGUUUGCUGGGAUGCUCUCUCUCUCUCUCUCUCAAGGCUAAAGUAAUAAAUAAAUUCUCAUUUCAAUUACUUAGUAUCUCUCAAAUUCGAUACUAAGUCAUUUUGAAGAAGAGACUUAAUUGUUAUUUAGUCUAAUUAGUCAUUUAUUAUGCAUCUGGACAGACCAUGUAAUGGUGGCUGCCAUUCAUUCACCGGUUCCAUCCAUCGAUGUGAUUGACAGUUCUUUGGUAGCCUAAAGCACUGCUGUUUCUGAAUACCAGAGCAUGUAAGCAGGUGAGGGAGGAGCAGAGGCUUUUUAAAAGGUUGUCUGCCUUCUCUCUGGCUCUAAUUUGGCCGUGGUACUGCUCAGCUAAAAGCUUUGGUCAUGCUCUGCCUAGAAUAUGAUGUUUCCAUGAUGGCUAUUCUUUUAAUUAGGCCUCUUCCGUUGUAAUAUUUAUCCUACCACACCCACAGUAGACUAUAGUCUACCAUUAGGAUAUGUAGUUCUAUUUUGAAGGACUUCAAAAUGUAUUAACAGAUGUUUUAGGUAGACGAUAUAUAGGCUAUACUGUAAAAUGUAUUAACAGAUGUUUUAGGUAGACUAUAUAUAGGCUAUACUGUAAAAUAUAUUAACGGAUGUUUUAGGUAGACAAUAUAUAGGCUAUACUGUAAAAUGUAUUAAAGGAUGUUUUAGGUAGACGAUAUAUAGGCUAUACUGUAAAAUGUAUUAACAGAUGUUUUAGGUAGACAAUAUAUAGGCUAUACUGUAAAAUGUAUUAACAGAUGUUUUAGGUAGACUAUAUAUAGGCUAUACUGUAAAAUGUAUUUUAGUUUUUCUGUGAAUAGAAACACCAUAAUAUAAAUCCCCAAUAAAGUUAAAAUAUCAGAACUAAAUCCGUUAAUAAUAAAAGGCCAGUAUCAUCAUCUUAUUUUCAUAAAUAAAAGGGACUAAAUCAUCUCGAACUGCAGCUGUGAAAUGAUUUGGGCGUUGAGAGUGGGAAAUGCGCUCUACAAACUAAUUUAUUAUUAUUACGAAGAUACAUGACAACUGUAAUUCCAUAAAGUAAUAUUAGUGGGAAUAAAGCCAUAAUAUAAACAAGAUGAAGGAAUAUAUUUUGAAAAGCUUAAAAUUGAAAAAUAUAUUGAUAUGAAGCUGCUAACAUGUGUGGAUGCUUUUUCUAAAAAAAAAAUAUAUUACAUUUAAGUAAGGCCUUACCUCCUUACUUAAUUUGCACAUAGUGUGUAUACAUUUUUCUAUUGGGUUAUUGACUGUACGUUUGUUUUACUCCGUGUGUAACUCUGUGUUGUUGUAUCUGUCGAACUGCUUUGCUUUAUCUUGGCCAGGUCGCAGUUGUAAAUAAGAACUUGUUCUCAGCUGUCCUACCUGAUUACAUUUUAAAAAAAGUACCGUACAGAGUUCAGCAGGACAGUGUCACAAGGCUACAUCAUCAUCAAAGGCCUACACGUCACCGCUGCUGGAGGGCAAAACACAGUUGUCCUUGAUUGUGAAUUAAAUGGAGAAUGACAUGUGUGCGACGAGGUAAAAACCAACGGUUUUCAUUCAAUAUAAUUCAUUUGGGGACGUAGGCAGCGGGUGAGUUUCAAGUUUGGAGACGUAAAUUUCCACCAUAAAAAAAUGCACCUUUUAUAAUAAAGCAUUCCAUGCAUCAUCACACUUGCAGACUUACGUAAGAGAGACUACUAUUCGUGAUGAGUAGAUUUAGGCUAAUAAUAUAACUCAAUCACUGUUCGCAAAAAAAGACGGUUCAACGCUUGGCUGAGCGCGUAAAGAGGAGAGCCCGAGGCAAUAGGCUAGCCUGUAUCAUAUCUCCUUUCUAUGCACGGGAUAAAUGAGGCCUUUUUUUUAUAAACAUUUAAUGCAAUUCUACUACACUUUAUAUGUCUGGAGACAUUUGGCAGACUCUUUUUUUUUUUUAUACGACAAAUUACGACAUUGUCCAUAUACUAGGCAUACAAGAAGGGGAGACACAUUGAAUUAUUACCUCCGUC